AUGUAUAGACUCCUUUAUAUGUUUAAUCUCAAUUGGUCAAGCUUAUCUAUAUAUAAACAUUGUAAUCCGUUCCAUUGGAAAUUCAUACAAUAUCCAAUGGUUAAGAGUGAUUUUCUAUUGACUCCAUAUCAAAUUAUUAUAUUACCAUGUAUUACCCUUAUCUUUUGGUCUCUAUUUCUUAUAGUCUUCAGAAGUGAUGGAAGUGGGAGAUGGAAUGGAGACAUAGAUUGGCUUAUUCUUAAUUCAAGGCGACAAUCAAAUGUAACUUGGUUUGUGUUUAAUGAAACGAAGGAACUAUGUUCUUGUAUUGAAAUAUCCAACUUUGGGAACCUUGAACAAACGAAAUUUCUUGGGAUUGUACAUUUUACCAAACUUUUUAAUGAAAUGCAUCCAACUUACUGCUCAAUAUGA